AUGAUAAGCUCUUGGAGAACUUCUACCCAAGUCGAACCACGAGCUAGAGAACCAAUAUCAACUUCAAACACCAACAAUGACGGUUCAAACGUCGACAAGUCUUUAGGGCUCAUCGCGUGGACUCAUCCCGAGGACUCGUCUCAAGGGCUCGUCUCAAGGGCUCGUCUCGAGGGCUCGUCUCAAAGGGCUCAUCUCAAGGGCUCAUCUCAAGGGCUCGUCUCAAGGGCUCGUCUCAAGGGCUCGGUGGCUCUCCUCAAGGGCUCAUCUCAAGGGCUCAUCUCAAGGGCUCGUCUCAAGGGCUCGUCUCAAGGGCUCGUCUCAAGGGCUCGUCUCAAGGGCUCGGUGGCUCUCCUCAAGGGCUCAUCUCAAGGGCUCAUCUCAAGGGCUCGUCUCAAGGGCUCGUCUCGGGGCUCGUCUCAAGGGCUCGUCUCAAGGGCUCGUCUCAAGGGCUCGUCUCAAGGGCUCGGUGGCUCUCCUCAAGGGCUCAUCUCAAGGGCUCAUCUCAAGGGCUCGUCUCAAGGGCUCGUCUCGAGGGCUCGUCUCAAGGGCUCGUCUCAAGGGCUCGUCUCAAGGGCUCGUCUCAAGGGCUCGGUGGCUCUCCUCAAGGGCUCAUCUCAAGGGCUCAUCUCAAGGGCUCGUCUCAAGGGCUCGUCUCGAGGGCUCGUCUCAAGGGCUCGUCUCAAGGGCUCGUCUCAAGGGCUCGUCUCAAGGGCUCGGUGGCUCUCCUCAAGGGCUCAUCUCAAGGGCUCAUGGUGUGCAGCCGGAAGUAGCCCACGCUUCUUCCUUGGUCUGCGCAACCCGCACUCGGGUGCCUCGUCAAAUGCGACAGCCAUAUGGAAGAAGUGGCAGAAUCAGAAGGUCCUCACGGCGGCAGGCGAUGACUGGUAG